CGCGGCCAAAAAUUAAAUGUCGAAUGUCACCGCUUCGACAUGAAGACGAUUGGCGAGUCGAGGGCAAAUUUGGAGAUCGCAGUUCAUAAGAAAGUAGUCAAAAUGGAGGAGGAAGAUCCGAAUUCCACCACACAAAUCCGCCGUCCUUCCCUUAAAACCCAUCCUCGUUACAACAAUUAUCAGUCAUGGAAGCAGAAGCUGAGGGAGAACUGUUACAAGAGAGUCAGAGAAGGAAGAAGCCGCUUGCUCUGGAAGAUGAGGUUGCCUGUGUCCUCGCCCACUUAUCCCCACUCUCUCAAUAAUCGACAGCAGGAUUUUGUCAAAUCUGCUUUUCAAGACAUCUUUUCUGAUGAGCUGAAAAAGAUUAAAGACCAAUCUUUGAAUGACUAUGAUAACAAAUUGCCCUCUGCCCCCGAGUGUGAUGAUGUUCUUUGGGAAUAUGAGGGGAUUCAGGAUGCUUAUGAAGGUGAAGGUGAAGAAAUAUUGUUAGAGAUGCAAAGGAUUUUUUAUGAGGAUCUCGACGUGGAUGUGAGACAAAAAGGAUCAGAAGGCCCUAUUGUAACUUGGGAGGAUGAAGAAGACGAGUUCUUAGCGCGUGCAGUUUACGAACAUAUGCAACUUAACAGUGAGAAGGUAUUUGAGAAGUUCUGGUGUCCUAUUUGCAAACAAGGAGAGUUGCUAGAGAACAACCGCUCCAUACAUUGCACUCACUGUGGACUUCAGCUUAGCAAAGCCAAUGAGGUAACUAUGGACCUCCUCCGUUCUCGGUUGGCUGAUGUGCAUGCUGAACAUCUCGAUCGAGGUUGCAGAUUGAAGCCUAUGUUUUGUGUUGAGAAUAGAUUUGACAUAACUGCAUUAUAUAUCUCUUGUGAAGGUUGCGGCACAUUUGAGAUUGUAAUAUAGCAUGUUGUAAGAAUCAGGUGCCUCAACUUUUACGAUUUAAAUUAUUUUUAUUAGAUAUGACAGAGAAAUGACAAUCUUGCAAGGUUGAGCAAUCUGUACAUGCUUGUCUGGGCUCUGCUGCUUGUCAUUUGUCUAAAAGAAAGGGGCAUUUCUCCAAAUUGAUUAUUGUUUUGUUGUCAAUUGAAAUUGUCAAGUUCCUAUUAUAUUUCAUAAGAACUCUCUCUCA